AUGCCAAAAGACGAAGAUGAGUCUCCCAUCCGUCGCCGCCGUCGGCGUACAUCGAUCUUGAUGGACGACGAUGAGCUGCACGAACUAAGCGAGAGUUAUGAUGCAGCAGCCGAAGAGGAGGACGAAGUGGGUGCUCUGGAACAAGAAGAUGAUGACGACGAUGACGACAAGCACGUCAAGUACGCCAAGCAACGAAAGGCGUCCCUGAUGGCCAAGGGAGUGGUUCAGAAACGUCGACGAUCUUCAACGCUCAGCGAAGCCAGCGACAGCGAACACAGUUUGACCCAACGAGCAUUGGACAGUUUCCGUCAUACGGCCGUUCUCUCGUUGAAAUCCAACCGUGUCGAUGCCUUUUUGGCAGCGCUGGGAUGUGCCGGCAGUCUGGCAUUGCUGCAAUAUUGGAGCGUCACGUUUCCUGCUUUUGCCCUCACGCACAGUUGUUUGGUCUCCAGUUCCAUCAAGUUUUUCUUCAAUGAGAAUCCACCGUCGUUGCGAGCGUUUUGGCAAUCCAGUAUCAUGGGGUUGGUGACAGGAAUCACACUCCACUUUGUACCCACGCUUUGUGGUCACUAUACCCGACAUGUAUUCCUAUUUGUCACCGUCUUGUACUGGAAGUUGCAAGGAGGACUCUGGUCGGCCGCCAAUACACUCGCCAUGACGGUAGCCGACGACUCGGGAGGUUGGACGACUAUGAUCCCCACCACAUUCAUGAUCAAUCAAUAUUAUUUCAUGAGCAGCAGCAAUGACAACGACAACGACACCAACAGCAAUAUCACCGACACUACUAGCAGUAAUGGUCAGCCACUAUCCGAGUCCACAGCAGACGACGUAUUCCCCUGGAAGUUUGUCUUGCUACCCUACUUAAGCGGCCACUUGAUUCUCUACACAUUGGCCACACUCUUGUCCAUGAUUCGCACCCGUGUCCGGAUUACUCUGAUUCGACAAGAAUUCAUUUCCAAAGAAGUCUUUGGUGCUGGCACUAGUACAAGUAUGAGUAUUGUCUGUGGCAAAGAACGACGCAAACGAUUGUGGCAACUCUUUCAACGCAUGGAUACCAGUGGCGAUGGACAACUCGAUGCCGUGGAAUUACAAGUCGCCUUGCGAGCCGCCACAGGCACGGAAAUUAGCAUGGCCGAUACCAAUCUCAUGAUUCGAGCCGUCGAUAGCGAUGGAAAUGGAACGGUCGAUUUUGAUGAAUUCUGUGCGUCCAUUGAUAAAUUGUGGAUACAGUGA